UUCUAAAACAUUUUAAAACAAUUAAUUUUGCAAGUUACUGAAACACCGGAAAUAGCAUGUAUGCUCAAACUGCCGCCCCACAAGCGGCUGUCACGGCUCUGCACUUCCACUCGAUACAAAAAUUAAAAAGCAACCAAGUUUAAAUAAAUAUAUGUCUUCUAAACUUGAAGUGAUAUCUUGUUUAACAUAAUAUUUUCAUCAAAUUCUGAUUUUUGAAAAAUGGAAACCAGUACAGCGAUCUCCAGAAGAUGCUUUAAGGCACGUCAUGAUUUACCUUUGCUUGAACAAGUUCAGCACUACAACCCGUACGCCUCGGACGAUCGAGAGGGAGCCUGGAAGUCAGUUGUUGAAUCUCUGAAUGAUGCCAAGCUAUUUGAGCGGCCUUUGGACGUGCGAGCCGUUAAAGAGAGACUGUCGACCCUUGUUACCAGUUAUCAGGCAAACGACUUGCGCAAUAAAAGUAAAAGUGGAACUGAGGAGCAGUACGGCCGCAUGGAACAACUGUUAGAAGAUAUCGCCUCAUUAAUUAAAUCCGCUGCAAAAGAGAAGGAAGAAAAGAAAAAGGCUGCGAAGGAAAAAGAAACACGUCGAGAUCGCACAGCGUCUCUGAUGCGAGCUGCGGGCGAGACGGGACGGGCUGGCCCUGACUACACUGAAGCAACAGAGAAAAUGGAUAAGGAGACCUUUUUGCGUGAAACUGGUUUGGACGAACGUGACUGGGAAGAAGAGCUGCGCACCAGACGAGGAGUUUCUGUCGCUGAUGAUUUGGCCUCAUCGUCGUCUUCCAGUGCAUUGCGGUCAUCGCGAAAAGCCAGCAAAAAGUACGAGGCUGAAACUGACAUGAAAUGGAUGGAAUUUUUUCGCGAACAGGAAGAGAAAAAAUUGCAAUUUGAAGAAAAAAAAGCGGCUGAUCAAAAAGAGAUUAGACUAAAAGAACUGGAACUUGAAAAGUACAAGCUUGAUAUCGAAAAACUCAGAUAUAAAGCAUUUUUACAUAAUAAGUGAAGGCGAUUAGAAAUUAAAAACUAAUGUAGCAGUUUUAUUUUAUUGCAAAUAUUCCUGCAGCGUAGGUGGUUCCGUAUCAAAAAACUGACUUGCUUCGUUAGGAUACAUGCAGUUUAUACAGUUAGUUAGUAAAACAGCCAC